GCGUCUCGAUGCAGAAAUUUUCAAGUUCUAAGCUUUGAAUGCCAGAAAAACGAUAUUCGUUAUCAUGGAGAAACUAUUCGAGAAGAUUGGAGACCAUUUUAACAAUCCGGAGAUGUCUGACCGAAUUUUAGUAGUGAAGAUUAGAACAGAUGGUUGGGAAAAAUUGGAAGCCGCGCGCCGGGUAAAAAACAUGACAAAAACCAGCUCGGACAACAACGAGGAUUCAAGUUCACCAACAAACAACAAGUCUGGAGGAAACACAAAUGUAAGACUAGAGGAAAAGCAACCGGUAACUUCAGAUAAAGGCAGCGAUGUGCCUAGUUCUUCCGUAGAGGAAGGCAACACGUUUGGGAACGUGGAUAGUUCUAGAACCGUGAGUAGUUUAAGCUGCGACUCAGGAAUUGGCUGUGAAACUUUGCCUUCCGAAGCAAAACGAACUGUCAAAAGUAAAAAGCGCGAGGAUUCACUUACUGUGGUUGAAAACAGAGAAUCUGUUGCGAGGGAUAAUUUGGAUGCGGAGAAAACUAGUGAUUCGAACGAUGCAUCGACCAGUAGCACAGUGUCCUCACCCGAACUAGACUUGGAUAUCGCUUACACCAAGUUGUUACUAACAGACAUAGGCUACGCAAAUAAAGCUGGUGCUAUUGGCCUUACUGGUGCAAGUAAUUCAAGCUUGACCUCCGGGGAGAACGAGGUUAACAAAACAGCCGCAGACAAUGGUGUUUUAAAAGCAAGGGAAGAGGACUUGGUAUUAGCUGAUACCGUUAUCCGUGAACAUCAGCUUUGUGUCCACAGUUUCUGGUUGGCAUUGAAUAGCUCUUAUUUCAGGAGCCUGUUUUUCAGCUCUGGAAUGAAAGAAACCAAAGUGAAAAAGGUAGGAAGCAAGAUUCUCAGGAUUGGGGGUUACAGUGUACCUGUGUGAAGCACUGUAUUUUAGGGCAUCAUCAUCAUCAUCACAGCAAAGCUGUACCAAACAAUUAAUCAGAAUCUUAUUGAACAAUUCCCACUGUGAGGCAGCCAAUCACAGCCCUUUCCCAAGAUCUUGGUAACUCAAUACAGAAAAUCCCCUUUCUACAUGCAAGAAAGAAACAGGAGACUUCUACAUGCAUGCUAACGUUGAAUGUGAUACCCUGCUGGGAAGGGAGGUGCUAACCAGUGGGGGUGUGUUACCAAGACUUUCACACCUGGAGGUCCCUUGUUUAAGAUGAAAGCUGCUAACCUGUUGAAGUCAAGUACUCCAAAUAAAAUGCUCUGUUUAAAAACAUCUCUACUGUUUCUUUAACUCUUUUUCUACAGAUCAAUAAUUGGUAAUAAUAUUAACAAAAUUGACGGAUUUCCAUGACACCUGUAAAGUGUUCCUUUUGAAUCAGUCAAUAACCAGUUGCACGGAUUACACCACGCUUGUAGACCAAUCACCACCAAGGUUCACACUCUGUUUUAGGCAUCCAGUCGAGAAUGAUACCCUGUUCAGGAUGAUAAAUAAUGAAAAUGUAUUGGAUGAAAAAAUAUUCCUUGUGUAAGACUUAAGACCCUAAAAACCAUUCCCUGUUUGGCAGCAUGUACCCCCUCCCUCCUAGGACACCCCAAUACUAAAAACAGGCUAAUUUUUAAGUACAUAUAUCAUAUUCAUUUUGGACCACUGGAAUAUUUUUUAUUGGCCUCAGGUUUUGCAGCAUUCCUACAAGCUCUCUUAUGAUUUUUACGCUUCAUAUUGUUUUUUAGUUGCUUGAAUAUUUCCCAGGAACUGAACAGUAGUAGGUUCCAAUUGAGUUCUAAUGUUGCCUGAACUUUAUUUUUAACCACAGUGAUCAUAAAAGUAAUAACUUAAAAGUAUUUUGGCAAUGGGUUUAAUUCACCCAUUUUGUCAUUUCUGUCACCAGGUUGAAAUGAACAUAAGUGAGUCAUUGUCAGCGAUGUUCCUGUUGUUAAUUGAGUCAUUAUAUAAACCUGAGGUUGUGAUGACAGAAAGUGUGGAGAAUCUUCUCAUCCUUAUGAGGCUUGCACAUGUUUAUGAUGCAGAAAGUACUCUUAAGACAUGCCAAAAGUAAGUUGUACCCAUGGAGAUCAUUGUUUAACACAACUACAGAUUCUUUUAUGCACCACUUCUUUCCUCUGACUCCUACAUGUGCUUAACCAGAUGCCCCUUCUACCUUUCCCCAGGGCUAGUGUCCCCAACCCCAAUUUCCUUUCUCCCCUAGCCCUAAUUACCGUAAAAUUCCGAAAAUAAGCCCUGGGGCUUAUAUUUUUCACAGGUCCUUUUGAGGGGCUUAUAUUCGGAGGGCUUAUCUACGGAGGGAAAUGUGCAUUUCAAAAUCGAUUGGGCUAGCCUUAUAGUUGAAGUAAAUUUACCGUUUUUGCUUUGUUUUACUUUGUAUUUGAGGGCAAUUUUCCAAGUACAAGCCCUGGGGGGGCUUAUAUUAGUUUUGGAGGGGCAAUUUAACGGAGGGUUUUUUGCGUUCCCGGUUUGGGGGGCUUAUAUUUGGAUGGGCUUAUACAUGGAGGGGCUUAUUUUCGGAAUUUUACAGUAUUUGAGGAAUAGGGCUAGGAGACAAAAAAAAUUGAAAAUCAACCUAGGUUAAAAAUUUUAACCGGAAUUUAAAUUUUACCUGUAACAUAUCUCCUCCCUAUACUCCUCUUUCUCCUCUACCCUUCCCUUCUACUUUUCUCCCCUCCCCUCCUAUCUUCUUUUUGUCCUCUUUCCGCCUCCCCUACUACACUCCUUUUUCCCUCUCACUUCUCCUUAGCCCCGUUUUGUCACAAUUCCCUUUCCCUUUUUCCCUCCCCUCUUCUCCUUUCCAGUAAUUUUCUUGCACAUUCUUUCUCCCAGUUAUCUCUUCGCAUACGUUCCCUCUUUUCCCUCUCUCUUCCCUUCCUCACUUCCAUCCCUCCUCUCUUGACCCCUCCUCCCCUGUUUUUAAUUGUCUCCCCUCAUUAUUAGCCUGUGAGCUGGCUCACUUGUGUGACUUAGGGAAAAAUUUAGCUGGCUCACAGUAGCAGCUUCCCCACAAAAAUUACCCCAAACUUACAGAAGUGUGCCUGCUUGCAGGCUAAGUACUCCAUUAUUAUCAAGCUCUCCUCUCUCCUCUCCUUUCGUCCCCUAUCUGUCUUUUGCUGCAUGCUCCCCACAUUUCUUUUCUUAUCCCUUCUGUACUCUAAUUCUCUUAACCUCCAUCUUCGUAUUUCAUUUUCCUUAUUUCAUCCCCUUCUCUGUUCUUUGUUUUCUCUUCUCUGUUUUAGGGAUGCUUGUUUAAACACCAUUCACGUUCCAUACCUCUUUACCUUUUUAACAUUCCUUUCUUCCCCUCCCUUCUUCUCAUGUCUAGUGUCCUUUGAUGUUCUUCCAUCAUCAUUCAUUUCUUUUUUGCCUUUUUUUUGCUUUUCCCUCCUAUUUCUCUCCCCAUCUCCAGGCUAGCUAUUCAUCAAACAGUAUUUUCUUGUCAGACCUGCUUAGUACAGUAUCUUUCUUUACCAUAAAGAUAUGAAUCAUAAAUUGUUACAUGCAAUUUGGAGCUCAUAAACAGACCUCACCUUUAAAUGUACUUUGACCUUGUCCCAGCGAGAGUUCCUCUAAUUGAGUGAUAACAUGUAUUUAUCUGCAAGUAGCAAUGUGAAUGGUUUAAUAAUUGAAAUUUAAACACUUUGAAUUUCAGAUUGCUUGGGUCUGCUGAACUUACAGUUGAGAUUUGUGACAAAUCACUGAACAUGCAAGAACAUGAAAGGUAGAUUGUGAAUUAAUAUUUAAAAUGACUAAUGUACAUCACUGGCAUGCAAGCAUCACUUGUGUCCUCUGCUUUUCACCUCCUGCUUUUCACAUGAAGUAAGGGAGGCAUCUGAGUGCAGGCCACAUAGUUUGCUGUUAUUGUUGACUAUCACCAUUUUUACACCCUACAUGUACACUGUUAAAUUAAUGAAGGAUCUUCACGUUUGACAACAAGUUACUAGAGCCACUCCUCCUUCUUUUUCGUACUUUGUCUGAGACAUGAUGACACCAGUUGAAAAAGUUAGCCAAAAAGACAACCACAAGUAGGCACCCUUUUAAGGCUGCAUUCAUUGCAUUCAUUCUGUAUACCACAGGGGGGAAGGGGUGCAGAGGAUUUUUUGUGGGGGUCUUAAAGGUUUUUGACAGGAAAAGGGGAGAUGGUUAAAAUUCCUGAUGGCAGGAAGGAAGGAUGCCAUUUUUUUUAGAUUCUAUGGAAAGGUUAAGUAUUAUUUUGUAACAUUAUUGAUACACCACUACACAAGUGAGGUUCCUUAUUUUCUAUUUCAGUAAGGGACGUUUUUAUUAUUAUUUUCCCUUGGUUACAAAAAACGUGGCCCCUCGGCUACUUUCAUAGGAAAAUAGAAGAAAAAUAAAACCAAAAGAUUUCUCUGAUAUGGGCUGUUAAGAACCAAUCAGAUUCAAGCAUUUUGUUAUUGACACAAUUAUUGCAGAAAUCAUUGUAAUUGAUACCCUUACUUUCGAGUUUAUGCACCUAGACACAAGGGAGGGGCUGCUUUCGCGCUGUCAGCCUCGUUUCUGGCAUCUCGUGGCCUCCAACUAAGGAUGCGUGAUACCGGCACUAUGUCGUCUAAAAUAUACUCGAAGUCUGUCAUUUCUGGGCCUUCCUAGGAAUUGUUAAAUUAUAUUGCCUCUUCAAGAACUUAACAGUAUACCAGUGCACACUGUAUUUGAAAAUUAUGUUUAAUGUGUCUCCUUUUCAGACUUCCCGAGAUGGCAGAGUUUAUACGCCGCUGUGAAGAAUUUCUUGUUGAAGAAUUCAGUCCGUUAGAUUCUCAGUGGUCAAACGAAGACUUUCUUUCCUUGAGCGCAAAUGGCCUGCAAAAAGGUUUGUUCUUUUAAGGAAUUAUCCGCGACAGGAGCUCAUUGACCGAGCAAUCAAGUUCCGCGCCUCCGUUUCGCUACUUGCUAAAAAUUGAAAUAAACCACUUGUACAUAGUCCUAUUCUGCGAGCAUAGGCCCUUCAAUCUUGCUAGAUAAGUCGACUUAUCUAGGAAGAUCGGAGGACCUUUGCUCGUAGGGUAACAUUGUCCAAUCCAUUGGUUGAAACCUAACCUUCUUCCCUGCUUUCUCUUUUCCCGUCGCUCUUCCCAGAAAAAAAGGAACGCCUGAUCGCAGGUUGCUGAAACCCCUUGGUAUUUUUUAGAUGCAGUUUUUUCCUAACGAUGUCUUGUUUUAUCUCAUGCAGUCCUAUCCAGUAACGAUCUCUGCGUGUCGUCGGAAAACACCGUGUUUCUUGCAUUGAUGAAGUGGGCAGAAGUGAAUGAAGUCUUUGAUGAACAACUUGAGCCGCUGCUGGAACUGGUUCGGUUUAAAUCCAUGACAAUCAACUACUUGCACGAUGUAGUGACCAGUGAUCAUCCUAUCGCAUCUACAGUUGCAAGGUUUCCUCUGUUGUUCGAGGAAGCUGUGUUCUACCAUGCAUUUUCUAAGGUAACUGAAGAAUUCAUAUACCAUUAUUCGGAAAGGUUAUUCAUCAUAUGGGUUUCCGUGCCGACUUUCGAGAAAAAAAUAGACUGAAAAAGAGCCCGUAUUUGUGCGUAGGUGAGGAAUGCGCAAUUUUGCGUCGCCGGUGCUUUGCGCCUUGCAAACCCGAUUUUGAGAUUUAAAAAAACAGACUGUUUUGCAGUCUGGCGAAAAAAAAAAGGUCCUCGAGCAAGAUGUCACUAAAGGAUCUGGGGCCUGUUUCUCGAAAAGCCCGAAAACUUCUCGGGCCCGAAGGCAAAUCUUAAUCAAAACCUGUUGAAUCAGUAGCACAGUUCCUAACUCACAAACUGUUCAAUUUUGCUUUUUUAACUGACAGUUUUAUUGUAUCAUUUUCAAAACUUUUAAAAUUUACAAGGUUGCUUCUCCUCUAAUCAACUUUGGUAACACACUCCCGAAAGCCGUCAAUAAUCUUUGAUAACAUGUUUGUAGUUGCUGGCGCUUAAGGACAAAAUAUGUAAGCAGAGUAAGUAGCUUCUCUGACAGGGAUGCUUACCUUUGGAGAUUUUCUGCUUGUUCUUAUUCCCGUUCGGUUGCAGAUUUCUCUCAGUUAUUACCACCCAAAAAAUACCGUCGAAUGUGAUAAAUUCUUCACUUGCUCUCAUUCCGGAUGGGCCAGAUUGACCCAACAACAAGUGUCUUAAAGAAUCGCUUUGUAUUGUUAGUCACCAACAUUUAGGAGAUGUCAGCAUUCAUGAAUAUUUGCUUGUUUUUCCGUAUUAACUGGCUACUUCCUUGUCACUGAAAAUUAACAGGAAAGACAAUGUGAAGAGGGGGAACCGAUUGCGAGGAAAGCUUAUGACGAGCCCGUUGUGUUUAACUGGACAGUGGACAUCGGAGAAGACAUUGAAGUGGAAAAGAAAAAGAAGAUCAUCAAAUCUCCCCAUUUCUGGGUCAGCGGAUACGAAAUGUAAGAAACGAAUAAUAAAUGAUAAUUGCAGUCGAACCUGCCAUCUCCUAAAAUAAUGCGAAGAUUUAAGAGGUCGCUUACGAGAAUCGAACAACAAGGUCUCUUCCAAGAAAUGGUCCGCACACAUCUAUUUUUGGAAGGGAGUGUAUUGCAUGCAAUUUUACGAUGUGUGUGGUUUCGUGUUGUCACUAAAAGUUUUUUGCAUAUUCUGAGUAGCGUUGUGCAUAAAACGGACUAACAGAUCAGACCAUUCUUCAAGCGGUUGCCUGAGAGAUUGAAAACAGUGGAAAGUUCUAUACCCUCCGAGCAGAGGUUUAUCUCUUGCAUGGCUUUUAGCGACUGACGAGGGACGUGAACGACUUCGUAAACGCUAAAAAGCCAUGCAGGAGAGAAACCUCUGCUCGCAGGGUAAAAAAGUCUUAACACCAUAACCUCAAAAAGUGGUCGCGGAGGAUUACGAGAGGGGGUCGUUUAUGAGAGGUUCCAACUGUAGAGAUUAUAUUGGGAAACUUUUGGUCUUUAUGGGAGGGGGUCGCUUACGUGGGGUGAUCGCGCUUGUUCAAGAUCGAUCGAUCGAUCCUUCCAGUCCUAAGAAUCAAUAACAUCAAUUUUCUCCCAACAAUAUCAUUACAUCAUCAAUAAAAAGGUUAUGAGAAUACAAAAAAUGAUCACCAAAGGUAAAAUGCUUUAUCUUUUAUCAAACUCGCUUUUGUGUGGUGAUCUUUUAUGUGGAUAUUGCGUGUUAUUGUAAAAUUACAACAGGGAUCUAUCAUGUUUCGCAGGAAAAUGUAUCAAAACUAAUAAGAAAUCGCUUCGACUAUCUCCCCGUUGGAAAGGACAUAGCAAAGAACUUACUUGACGCCUUAUAUGUUAAAUGUUUUGAGCUGUCCAGAAACCGUUUACAGAUUAUCGUGUCCUAUACCAAAGCGUGCGAAUUUUUAGUGAAUUUGUUUCAUCAUAGUUAACUAAGGUUUAAAUGUUAAUAUGAAAUUUGCCUUUUUAGGUUCUUGGAGCUUAAGCUGAGGACUUCCGGUUGCCAAGGCCUUUACUUAACGAUAAGCACCCGUGACUUCCGCCAUAACAGCAAAGGAUUUGUCAAGUUGGCUUACUCUCUGACUUCAAACUUCCCAAAGGCCACGCGAGUCAUCAACGAAGCGGACGUGUUUGACCGCGAGGGAUCUGGUUGGGGGUAUGAGGAAUUUUUUCCACUUAGCUGGUCAGAAUUCAAAGAUCAGUUGAAACGAACUCCUUUGAUUAUUACGUCACAAGUCAGCCUUCUGGAGUAGUAAAAUUAAAACAAGCUCAAUCGUGCUGUGUUUAACGUUUAAGUAUUAAUACUUCUAUACAGAAAGUGGAGUUAAAACUAUUUUUAACCAAGCGGACAGUGACGCCUAAGUCGAUGACCUUGCCAGUAUUUUAUUUAUUAAUUAGGUAAUGUAUUUUUAAAGGUGGUCCUAUUGAUAAGCCUUAUUAGCUUCCUUGGUCUUCCUUGCCUCAUCGUUUUUCUUUAUUUUAUGUAUAUAUUUAACUUAUAUGGGAAAAUGAUAAUAACAUAAAACAAUAAGUGACGGCCGUUCCGAAGAAGACUGUACUUAAACUACCGGGGCAUGUUAAAAGUCCUAUGGUCUAAUUUCCGGUGGCUUACAUUUUCUCUGUAUAAAAAGGCAUGUGUAUAUGUUAUAGCUAGCUUAAGUUAUUAUUUAAAAGAGGAAAUUAUUCCUGGGAAAAUGCUCUUUUAAAAGAAAAGAAAACCAACUUGUUUGAAAGAGGUGGUGUCACGAAAUUUAUCAAAAUUCUAACAGUGAGACCUGCCACCAAUUUUAUUCAAACAUAAAAAUAUCUCCUCAAAAAUUAACACAGCUGAUAUAAAACGACGCACAGAUGGAAAAACUUGAUGAAGAUUGAAACGGAUUGAAAUUGUGGGUUUUGAGAACUUGUUCAUUCUCGACCCCAGUACUUACGCCUGUGACCAAUGUACAGUUGACUCUGCGCGCAAGCUCUGGGAAACACUGCGCCGGCGUAGCCAAGAUCUGGCUAUUUGGGCCUCACGCUCUUCUAUCCAACCAAAACUCAUUCCCUACCCCAGUGCUUACGCUUCUGACUGGCCGUCAUGCGCAGAAAAGCUCUGGGGUAGAGAUUGGAACUUGUUCGACUGACAGUUUUUCAAAAGCCAUUUUUAUUGUUUGUAACGUUUAAUAUGAUUCCUGGGGACAUUGUUUGAUUAUGUCAUUCACAAGUCAAGCAAUUUCUUAAGUUCUACAUCGAACUAACAUGAAAAACAAGAUGAACCGUUUCCAGCCAUGACGCAGUCCCUUAUUUUGGAAUGCUUUAUAUGGUUUGCAUAGGAGAGAACUACAAACAGAAAAAUGAAGUCUCUGGCUACGAAACGCUGUGGGAGGAGGAAGUUGUGAUUGUAAUUUUGAGGCAGAAUAGGUAUU